AGAAGAAGAAUCAGCACAGGUGGAACACUUUCUUUAGUUCCACCCAUUCUCUACGGACAGUUUACAACGAGACACGGAGGAGGAACGCAUGUUGUAGACACUUCCGGUGCAGUAUAUCAACACUAGUAUUGCGGAUUAUUUAAUGUAUUUAUAGCUAAACGGCAGCGGUAAGCAUGGAGGUCUUGGAGGGAGAGUUUGGAAAUAUGACUCCUCUGGAGUUGGCAGCUCCUGUCAACACGGUGGAGGAAAAAUGGAAAUUGCUACCGGCGUUUUUAAAGGUGAAAGGUUUGGUGAAGCAGCACAUUGACUCAUUCAACUAUUUCAUCAAUGUGGAGAUAAAGAAGAUUAUGAAAGCAAAUGAGAAAAUCACAAGUGAUGCUGAUCCAAUGUGGUACUUAAAAUAUCUGAAUAUCUAUGUUGGCAUGCCUGAUGUAGAAGAAAGCUUCAAUGUAACCAGACCAGUUUCUCCUCAUGAGUGUCGCCUCAGAGACAUGACCUACUCGGCUCCCAUCACAGUAGACAUAGAGUACACCCGCGGCAGUCAGAGAAUCAUUCGCAAUGCACUUCCGAUUGGGAGGAUGCCAAUCAUGUUGCGAAGCUCCAACUGUGUUCUUACAGGAAAGACUCCCAUGGAGUUUUCUAAACUCAAUGAGUGUCCUCUGGACCCAGGGGGUUAUUUCAUUGUAAAAGGUCAGGAGAAGGUCAUCCUGAUCCAGGAGCAGCUUUCAAAGAACCGAAUCAUUGUGGAGCAGGACAGGAAGGGUGCAGUUGGAGCUUCAGUUACCAGCUCCACUCAUGAGAAGAAAAGCAGAACUAAUAUGAUUGUGAAGCAAGGCCGGUUUUACCUGAGACACAACACGCUGUCGGAGGACGCGCCCAUCGCCAUCAUUUUCAAGGGUAUGGGUGUAGAGAGUGACCAGGAGAUUGUGCAGAUGAUUGGUACAGAGGAACACGUCAUGGCCAGCUUUGCCCCGAGCCUGGAGGAGUGUCAGAAAGCUCAGAUCUUCACACAGACUCAGGCUCUGAGGUUUCUUGGGAAUAAAGUGAGGCGACAGCGAAUGUGGGGAGGCCCUAAAAAGACAAAGAUGGAGGAGGCUAGGGAGCUGCUGGCUUCACUCAUCCUUACUCAUGUGCCUGUCAAGGAGUUUAACUUCCGGGCUAAGUGUAUUUACCUGGCUGUGAUGGUUCGGAGGGUGAUCCUGGCUCAGGGGGACAACAAAGUGGAUGACAGAGAUUACUAUGGCAACAAACGUCUGGAGUUGGCUGGACAGCUCCUGUCUCUGCUCUUUGAGGAUCUAUUUAAGAAGUUUAACUCUGAACUGAAGAAGAUCGCCGACCAGAUCAUCCCAAAGCAGAGAGCAGCUCAGUUUGACGUGGUCAAACACAUGCGGCAAGAUCAGAUCACCAACGGCAUGGUCAAUGCCAUAUCUACAGGUAACUGGUCUCUGAAGAGGUUCAAGAUGGACCGUCAGGGUGUUACCCAGGUUCUGUCUCGACUCUCCUACAUUUCGGCUCUUGGCAUGAUGACCAGAAUCUCUUCCCAGUUUGAGAAGACCCGGAAGGUCAGUGGGCCGCGCUCCCUCCAGCCAUCGCAGUGGGGAAUGCUGUGUCCAUCUGACACUCCUGAAGGAGAGGCCUGUGGUCUAGUGAAGAACUUGGCUCUGAUGACACACAUCACCACCGAUAUGGAGGACGGCCCCAUCAUCAAACUGGCCUUUAACCUCGGAGUAGAGGACGUCAAUCUGCUGUGUGGAGAGGAGCUCUCCUACCCAAGCGUCUUCCUCGUCUUCCUCAAUGGUAACAUACUGGGUGUGAUCAGAGAUCAUCAUAAGCUGGUCAACACUUUCAGACUCAUGCGACGAGCCGGUUUCAUCAACGAGUUUGUGUCCAUCUCCACUAAUCUGACUGACCGCUGCGUUUACAUUUCCUCUGACGGAGGACGACUCUGCAGGCCGUACAUCAUAGUGAAGAAGGGACAGCCGAUGGUGAAAAACAAACACAUUGAGGAUCUUUCUCAGGGCUACAGAACCUUUGAGGACUUUCUGCAUGAAGGCCUGGUGGAGUACCUGGAUGUCAACGAGGAGAAUGACUGUCAAAUCGCCCUUUAUGAACACAUGAUUAGCAAAGACACCACACACUUGGAGAUCGAGCCUUUCACGCUGCUUGGAGUGUGUGCCGGCCUUAUUCCCUACCCCCACCACAACCAGUCACCCAGGAACACAUACCAGUGUGCUAUGGGCAAGCAGGCCAUGGGAACUAUCGGUUACAACCAGAGGAACCGUAUUGACACUCUGAUGUACCUGCUGGCAUAUCCUCAGAGGCCGAUGGUCAAAACAAAAACCAUCGAGCUGAUUGACUUUGAGAAGCUGCCAGCUGGUCAGAACGCCACCGUAGCUGUGAUGAGCUACAGCGGCUAUGAUAUUGAGGAUGCUCUGGUCCUCAACAAAGCCUCACUUGACAGAGGAUUCGGUCGAUGCCUUGUCUACAAAAAUUCUAAAUGUAUGCUGCGGCGAUAUACCAACCAGACCUUUGACAAAGUGAUGGGUCCCAUGUUAGAUGCUGCCACACGCAAACCCAUCUGGAGACACAACAUCCUGGAUGCUGACGGCAUCUGCUCCCCCGGUGAGAGAGUAGAGAACAAGCAGGUGUUGGUGAACAAAUCUAUGCCAACCGUCACCCAGACACCACUGGAGGGCAGUGCCCAGCCAGGCCAGCCCCAGUACAGAGACGUGCCCAUCAGCUAUAAGGGCUCAACCGACUCGUACAUCGAGAAGGUCAUGAUCUCAUCUAACGCUGAAGAUGCCUUUCUUAUCAAGAUCCUCCUGAGGCAGACCAGGAGACCAGAGAUAGGAGAUAAAUUCAGCAGUCGACAUGGACAGAAAGGUGUUUGCGGCCUCAUUGUACCUCAGGAGGACAUGCCGUUCUGCGACACCGGCAUCUGUCCUGAUAUCAUCAUGAACCCUCACGGAUAUCCCUCCAGAAUGACGGUGGGAAAGUUGAUUGAACUGCUGGCCGGGAAGGCGGGAGUUCUGACCGGACGCUUUCACUAUGGCACAGCCUUUGGAGGCAGCAAGGUGAAGGAUGUGUGUGAGGAUCUAAUCCGUUGUGGAUACAACUACCAGGGCAAGGACUAUGUCACCUCGGGAAUUACUGGAGAACCCCUGGAGGCCUACAUCUACUUUGGACCAGUCUAUUAUCAGAAGCUGAAGCACAUGGUUCUUGACAAAAUGCAUGCCAGAGCCCGAGGACCCAGAGCAGUUCUCACCAGGCAGCCUACAGAAGGUCGCUCCAGAGAUGGAGGUCUGCGUCUGGGCGAGAUGGAGCGCGACUGUCUGAUUGGCUACGGAGCGAGCAUGUUACUGCUGGAACGCCUCAUGAUUUCCAGUGACGCCUUCGAGGUGGAUGUGUGUGGACAGUGCGGCCUGUUGGGAUACUCUGGGUGGUGUCACUACUGUAAGUCUUCCUGCCAUGUGUCCUCGCUACGAAUCCCGUACGCCUGCAAGUUGCUGUUCCAGGAGCUGCAGUCCAUGAACAUCAUCCCUCGUCUCAAACUGUCACAUUACAAUGAGUGAGCAGGACAGGGACAGAAACGUCUGUGUGAGUGACAGGUUUCAAGUCAGAGUCAACAGAUUUCAUUUGUAUAGAUAUUGAAGUUUAAGUAAACAAAAUCUGGUUUAAGCUGGGAUUGUUUUUGUUGUUAUUAAAAAAAAAAUCACAACCAUGAAAAGUUCAGAGCUUUUUUCUGUUUGCUUUUUAUGUUGAGACUUCUUACAGUUGCUCUCCUUUAUGUACAUAAUAAAAACAAAACAUUAAUUUCACAAUCA